GGAUUUUAUUGUUUUUUUUUAAGUUUUAAUUUCUCUUUUUAAUUCUUCUCUUCGUCUUCUUAUUAGUUCGUUGGCUGUAGAAGCAGAACGCUUUUGUUACCUACUCUCCUUUUGUAGCUUCUCUACUUCUUCUUCUCUCUUUCUUUGUGAGAGAUAACUCCAAAAAAGCUUUUCGUAUUGAAGAUGGAGAGAAACAAGUGUAGGUUUUGCUUCAAGAGCUUCCUCAAUGGAAGAGCUUUAGGUGGUCACAUGAGAUCUCACAUGCUUACCCUCCCUUCAAAACGUGAGCUUUAUGAAUUAACUGAACGGCCGAGUCAACUCAGUGAGGAGACAGAGUCCGAUGCUUGGUCUUGGGGAGAGUUUGAAAGCGAAACCGAGUCCUCAAGGAUGAAUCCAACUCGGAAACGUACCAAGCGAACUAGGAAGCUCGGAUCUUUCGAUUUCGACGACUUCAAGAAGGUGAGAACGAGUCAACCCGGUUGUGAGGUGGGGACAGAGCCGGAACAUCACAGCUCAGCUUCUGACACGACGACGGAGGAAGAUCUAGCCCUUUGUCUCAUUAUGCUCUCGAGAGACAAGUGGAAGCAACAGAAGAACAAGACGAUUGUAGUAGAAGAAGAAGAAGAGACAGAUCAUGAACGUGAAGAUUACAAACCGAGCAAGAACAGAGGAGGAAGAGGAAGAGGAAGAUUCAAGUGCGAGACUUGUGGUAAAGUGUUCAAUUCGUAUCAAGCAUUAGGAGGGCACAGAGCAAGCCACAAAAAGAACAAGACUUUCACAACAAUGACGUCGUCAACGAAAACAGAGCAUGAUAAAAUAGAGUGCGAGAAAGUUCACCAAUGUCCGAUCUGUUUUAGGGUUUUCACUUCAGGACAAGCGCUUGGUGGUCAUAAGAGGUCUCACGGAAGCAACAACGUCGGAUCAAGGAGAGAAUUGUCUGUAAAUCAAAGUGUUCCAAGCGUUAAAGAAGAAGAAGAAGAAGUAUCAGUGAAACAGACGAUGAUAGAUCUUAAUCUUCCUGCACCAAACGAAGAUGAUGAAACCUCUGUCGUGUUCAAUGAAUGGUGAAAACGAAAGAAAAAUCCAGUAGAUGUGAUACGUUCAUACUAAAGAACUAAAGAAGUCCGUGAAGGGUCACUCUUUGUAAAGCUAUGAUAUGUAAAAGAAACUCAUACAGAGAAAGGUGUCAAAUGUAUAUAACAAAAAAUGAAGAUCGCAUGCAAUGCAAAGAGGUAACCACAAGUAAAGUGAGAUAACAAUAACAUCGCAUAUUUGACAUCUGGUAACAAAAGGAAGUAUAUGUUAAUAUAUGUUACAAGUGUUUUUCUUUUCUGAAUGUAUAUACCCAACCCAAGUUGACUAGGUGAGUCACGACAACAUGCAUUUCAAUAUACAAUCUGGAAUUGUGGAUCGAUGGAUUCCCUUUGAUUAACGCGUUUGUCAUAUUGGAGUUUUUUUUUUUCCGGCAAAUCAUAUAAAGUUUAGAAGUUUUUAUCUAGACAAAGUUACACGAUAAUGUCCGUAUCUAUAGCUUAUGAUACAUCAUACAUUGUUAUGGAUUAGACUAAGACACCAAUUACGGGGAUUGGAUAUACGGGUAAGAUUUGAUUAUGAAUACAAAUUUAUUUCAAAUAGGGAUUCUAACUUCUAACGAGUGGUAACGAAAGUUCAUCGAAGACGUUGCAUGUCU